AUGUCCCGUCGUCAGGACGUUCUGGCUGGCCACCUCUCGGCGAACCCAGCCCAGAAUGAUGCGGUGGCCCCCUUUCCCACCUCCGCGCGGGCGCACCGCCAGCUCCCCCGGUUCGACGCCACGUUGAUGGAGCGUUACAUGGACCCCUCCCACCUGCUGAAGGAGGAGGUGUACGCCGUGUUCCGGGAGCACCCGGAGCUGCUGGUGAAGGAGCUGGAGGCCCUGUCCAAGGAGGAGCACCGGGAGCUGGUGCGGCGCUGCCUGCGCGCGCUGCUGGCGUCGGGGCAGAGCCCAUUGACGCUGCUGGCCUCCGACCCCCGGCGCUACUUCUACCUGGGCGAGCUCAUGUCCCUGGUGGACCUGAGCCUGACGGUGAAGAUGGGGGUGCAGUACAGCCUGUGGGGCGGCAGCGUGCUGAACCUGGGCUCGGAGGAGCACCGCCGCCGCUACUUCGACGCCAUCGACCGCUUCGACCUCCCCGGCUGCUUCGCCAUGACCGAGCUGCGCCACGGCUCGAACGUGGCGGCGCUGCAGACCGAGGCAGUGCUGGACGUCGAGACCGACGAGUGGGUCAUCCAUACCCCCGACGACGGCGCGCUCAAGUGGUGGAUCGGGAACGCGGCGGAGGACGGUCUGGCCGCCACGGUCUUCGCGCGCCUCAAGGUCCCUGCGGCCUCCGGCCGCCGCGAGCUGGACGACCACGGCGUGCACGCCUUUGUGGUGCCUCUGCGCACCGCGCCGGGGCGCCUGGCUCCGGGCGUGGACAUUCAGGAUUGCGGCUACAAGGUGGGCCUCAACGGCGUGGACAACGGCGCCAUCCGGUUCACGCAUGUACGCGUGCCGCGCGGCGCACUGCUGGACCGCUUCGCCAGCGUGGACCGCGCGGGGCGGUACUCCUCGCCCAUGCCCUCCGCGGCCAAGCGCUUUGCGGCCACGCUGGGGGAGCUGACCGGUGGGCGCGUGGGUCUCACCGCCGGCAGCCUGGGCGUGCUCAAGGGCGGGCUGACCAUCGCCAUCCGCUACUCCGCGCAGCGCCAGCAGUUUGGCCCCGGGGGCGCAGCGCCGGAGGUGGCGGUACUGGACUACCCCUCCCAGCAGCUGCGCCUGCUGCCCGCGCUGGCCACCGCCUACGCGCUGACCUUCGCCAAGGACGCGCUGGUGGACAAGUACGUGGAGAUGAAGCGCACGCGCGACGAGGCGCUGACGGCCGACGUGCACUCGCUCAGCGCGGGGCUCAAGGCCUACACCACCGGGUUCACCGCCGCCACGCUGUCGGUGUGCCGCGAGUGCUGCGGCGGGCACGGCUACGCGGCCGUCAACCGUCUGGGCGCCCUGCGCUCCGACCACGACAUCUUUCAGACCUUUGAGGGCGACAACACCGUCCUGCUGCAGCAGGUGGCUGGCCUGCUGCUCAAGGAGUACCGCGACUCCUUCCGCGGCUCCCCGCUCGCCGCCUCCUGGUCCUACCUGCGCGCUGCGCUGGGCGACGCGCUGCCCGCCAACCCGCUGCUCGCGCACGACACCACGCCACGCCACCUGCGCGACCCGCGCUUCCUCAUCUCCGCGCUGCGCCACCGCACUGCGCGCAUGCUGCACACCGUGGCCGCGCGUCUGCGCAAGCACACGCGCCGCCACGGCGCCUUCAAGGCCUGGAACAGGUGCCUGCUCCACCUCCUGGACCUGGCCCGGGCGCACAUCGAGAGCGUGGCGCUGGAGUCCAUGUACGCGGGCGUGCAGCGCUGCAACGACCCCGACUGCCGCAGCAGCCUCAAGGCGCUGGCGGACCUGUUUGCGCUGUCGCGCAUCCACGCCGACAUCCUGUUCCGUAACGACGACUACCUGUCCCCGGAGAAGGCCAAGGCCGUCAAGCGCAUGGUGGAGUCGCUGUGCGGCGAGCUGCGCGGUGUGGCGGUGGCCCUGGUGGACGCCUUUGGCAUCCCGGACCAUAUCCUGCGAGCGCCCAUUGGCCUGGCCAGCGCGCAGCACGACCCCUACGGCGAGUACCUGGCCGCCACGGGCUGGGAGACCUGA